GUCCUCGAGGCAGGUGCUACCUUGCCUAAGGUACUGUAGGUAGGUAUCUAAAGUACCACGUGAGAAGGCAGCUUGAGAGUGGUAAGAGCAGACUUGAGCAAGCAUGAAACACACCUGCCUCACCAUCACCAUAAGUCUUUGGUACCUACCUAGGUGCCUGGGCAGCUACAGAGCCUCAAAUGCCCGAGGAAGGAGGGAUGCUAGAUGCCUCUCCAGGAUCGUCUCGGGAUGAAGGGCUUGGUCAGGUGCCUUUAAACUCUUCCCUCUCCCUCCAUCUCCUCACCUCAGUGUAAUCUCCUAGCAUCGGUUUCGACUCUUCUCCCAUAGCAAACUCAAGCGUGCCGAGCUGCAUUAGCAAGCACCAAAGCGUUCAGAAUGCCUCCCCUCCUUACCCAUAAUCCAACGUCCUCCAAGGGCCCUAAUUCUCAGCCUCUAGCCUCAAGACCAGCUUCUCGACCCUCGCAAAGCAUACAGGCCUCAAAGAAUCUCAAAACAACAGCAGAUCUCUCACCAGAGCACCACGCAAUAAUGAUCCGUCACGCCCUAUCCUCUCCGACAAUCCGAGCACUUGCUUCUCUUCCACGCGGCCCGCCUCCCGAAGAGAUCCUCCGUUGUGCCUCUUCCGCAACAGAAUUCCUCUCCUUCACCUUCAAUCCCCUGGAAAAAGUUGCCUUCUCCCACAUCAACAACGACCCCUCCACCCGCUGGCCCUUGAAAGAGACUCUGACCAAGCCCUGGCACAAGGUCUUCCUCGUCGCCCAGUGCGAGGCCUCAGGCGGCGACUACGGCGACCGACUCUCCCUCCAGGCCCGUCAGAAGCUCCUAUCGGACAAACCCUGCAUCGUAAAGAUUCUGGGCCAGGUUCUACGCGCCUGCGCCGACAUCAUGGGUUGUCGGAAAGACGCCGUCGGUCUGAGGCGCUCCCUCGAGACCUGGCGUGCCGUCGUACCCGAUAUUGGGCCGAAAAAGAUGGUCUCACUUGUUGAGCACGGUGUCAGGACCGUACGUCGGCUUGCUGAGAUGGACUUCUUUCACAUCGAGAGGGUGCUCUCCCGGAACCCGCCCUUUGGUCAGAAGAUUGUACGCAGCUUGGCACACUUUCCGCGCCUCGUACUUGCUGUAGACAUACCCAAACGCUCCGAGGGCUCGGACAACGGUGUCAUCGUUCGCGCCAUCCUAGGCUGUUCGAAUCGCGAGGCUCCAGUCUGGAAAGAGACGACACCUUGGGUCACGAUGGCUGCUGAGAACUCGGAUGGCCGGCUGGUCUUUUUCUGGAAGGGAAAAGUCAAGAGCCUGAUGCCGAGUAAAGAACUCGUGUUCUCUAUUGGAGCAGCCAAGGGCGAGAAGAUAUUCGUGUGGGCAAGUUGUGAAGAGAUUGCCGGGACUUAUGUGACAGGGGAGGUAACCGUCUAG